GGGAAUUGCUCUUUCUUUUUACUGUGGUUAACCUUAAACGACAAUGUCUUCAAAGAUCGUUAAAAUUGCUGGCGCCAAGCCCGUCGAUGAAUUCGAACUUACCAUUGGUCAAGCUCUUGUUGACCUCGAAAACUCUGUUCCUGAAUUGAAGAAGGAAUUGCGUCCUCUUAACAUUACUGGUGCCAAGGAAGUUGAACUCGGUGCUGGUAAGAAGGCUAUUGUCAUCUUCGUGCCUGUUCCUCAACAAAAGGCUUUCAACAAGAUUCAACAACGUUUGACCCGUGAAUUGGAAAAGAAGUUUUCUGACCGUCAUGUUGUCUUUGUUGCUCAACGCCGUAUCCUCAAGAAGCCUAGCCGUCACGAAAACCCCAAGCAACCUCGUCCUAGAUCUCGUACUUUGACUGCUGUUCAUGAUUCUAUCCUUGAAGAUCUUGUCUACCCUACUGAAAUUGUUGGUAAGCGUACCCGUGUCAAGGUUGACGGUUCCAAGACUCUCAAGUGUUUCUUGGAUACUAAGGAUGCCACCUCUUUGGAAUACAAGCUCGAUACUUUCUCUGCUGUCUACAGAAAGUUGACUGGCAAGGAUGUUGUCUUUGAAUUCCCCAAUGCCGAAUUGUUCUAAAUAUUAGUUUAGGUUUUUAUUUUUGAUAUUUUGAAAUAAAGAAGUUUGACAUAUACUUAUGAUUGGAGUGUGUUGAUGUUAUUUUAGGUCAUAGUUUUAUGUGGGAUCCACCUCCAUUUGUGUUACAACACUUGAUUUUGGC